UGGUCGGCCGAGCCAGUUCGUUCCGUGCCCGCGCCAUACAACCAACGACCUUGCCGGACAAGGAAAAUAAACUUGAUAAAUACAAAAACCGGCUUCUAAGAACAUCUUGUGGUUUUGUUUUGUUAAUAUAACAUGUUAUAAUAGUGCAACUUUUGGUUUCUGAAUUUUAAAUUGCGGACGCCAUUAAAGAUGAUAAAAGCCGUUCAGAUCCUGCUGCUAGUAGCCGCAGCUCACUGCCAGAAGAACAAUGGGGACCUAGACUCAGUUCUCAGCGAGAUCUUCGGGCCCCCACCCGGCAGUAGCACUAGGAACCCGAGUGUUCUGUCAACAGUAAGUCCCAUUGGGGACAAGACUCAAGCGUCUACAAUCGUACCACCGAUAAAUAAUAAUGCAGGUGAAGUGGACCUGUCGUGUACCAUGCCUGAUGGCCAGGAGGGCGAGUGUGUGAGCUACUAUCUCUGCAACGUGAACAACAAUACCGUCAUCGUUGAUGGGGCGGGCGUCAUCGAUAUUCGUGUCCGUGACGGCCCCUGCGAGUCCUACAUUGACACCUGCUGUCUGGUGCCUGACAAGAGGCCGAAAGACCAGCCUAUCAAACCUAAGCCUAAGCCUGAUGAGCCACAGCGUAAAGGAUGCGGUUGGGCCAACCCAGACGGUGCUGAUCUUCGGACAACCGGUGAAGUAAAUGGAGAGACCAAAUUCGGAGAGUUCCCAUGGAUGGUCGCCAUUCUAAAGAUCGAACCAGUCAACGAGAAUGACCCUGACGGCCAGAAACUCAACGUGUACGUCGGCGGAGGCUCUCUCAUCCACCCCAGCGUGGUGUUGACGGCUGCUCACUAUGUGGCCAGUGCUAAAGCCUUGAGGAUCAGAGCUGGCGAGUGGGACACGCAGAACACCAAGGAGAUCUACCCCUUCCAAGAUAGGGAUGUGGCUUCUGUAAUUACUCAUCAAGAUUUUAACAAAGGAAACCUGUUCUACGACGUAGCAGUACUCUUCCUGGCACAGCCAGUAGACCUGGCUCCUAACGUAGGAGUGGCGUGUCUCCCACCACCCAGGGUACGCCAGGAGGAUGGCACCCGGUGCUUCGCUACCGGAUGGGGCAAAGACAAGUUCGGCAAGGAAGGACGGUACCAGGUCAUUUUGAAAAAGAUCGAGCUCCCAGUAGUGAAACACGACAAAUGUCAGACGGCGCUCCGUAAGACAAGGCUGGGCAGGUUCUUCGAACUGCACUCCACCUUCAUGUGCGCUGGCGGCGAGCCCGGCAAGGACACCUGCAAGGGAGACGGCGGAUCACCCCUGUCUUGUCCUAUUGAGUACGAAAAGGACCGUUACGUUCAAAGCGGUAUCGUAGCGUGGGGCAUCGGCUGCGGAGAAGACGGUACUCCUGGAGUCUACGUCGACGUGUCAGUCGUGAGAGACUGGAUCGACGACAAAGUGGCUGGCAAGGGCUAUGACCCUAAGACUUACACGUAUUAAGGGAGCGAGCGAGCUCAUGCCCUUUUUUACUGACAUCCCUUGUAACCUAUUUCAGCCCGAAAACUCUUAAACCCGACAUCCUUUAUAGAUAUUACCACCUAUUUCAGCUCAAAACCUCUAAAACUGGCACUUGAUAAAAGUCAAUGAAAAUAUUAUUGUGUGAUUCGAAAUAUAACUCAGUAUACUGGCUACGUUAAACUGUACGUCCCGGCUGUCAUUGAACAUCUUUGGCAGUCGUUACGGGUAGUCAGAAGCCAGUAAGGCUAAACCAGUCUUACAAAGGGGUAUUGGGUUGCCAUAGCAACUGGGUAUAGCUUAACUAUCAAACUGGGAUGUUGGUGAUAACUGGCUAAAAAGACUAGUGGUUUGAAAAUAUUACGGGCACACGUACAUAAUAAACUUUUUUUAUUUACUUAAAAUCAUUUACUACGAUAAAAUAUAAAGUCAUGAUUUAAUUAUUACGUUUCUUGAAUUCCAAUGUUAAAACUAUUUUUUUCUUCUACUGAGUCCUGAUUUUCAUGCAUUAUGGAAAAGGGUGGCAGA